UUCUUACAGUGUGCGCUAGGUCUCAGCUGCUGCGGCGCUGGCCAAUAGGAAGGCGCGGAGCCCCGCGCUCCCCGUCCUCUGAUUGGAAGAUUCAGACUCAAAAGUCCGCUUUCAAAUCUUUAACGGGUAGCGGGUUGAGUUGCUGCGGCCGGAGGGGUAUAGCAGCGGCUGUACCCACUGGAGACAGUGACUGCACCAGCUAGAGGGACUUCGUUCUGAAUAAAGAAGUGGCUGCAACAAUGUCCCAGAGCAAAGCGUCUUAUUCCUUUGAUGCUCCAACAGCCUUCAUCAAUUUCACAUCUUUGAAUAAUGAAGACAUGUAUAAUGUGGACUCCUGGUUUGAGGAGAGGGCCAAUUUGGAGAAUAAGCCCCCUGAAGAUGAUGAAGCACAAGGGCCCUCCUAUAGGAAGACACCUUUGAGAAAGCAAGCAGUUGUCAUGCCUCUGAGAUCAGUUGGCAAUACUUAUGUGGAAACAGAGAAUCCAGCAGAGGAAUGUGCUCCAUCCAGUGCUUGCGAGUCACCGGGCUUCCAGGAAACUACAUCCAAAAAUGCCCCUGUUUUUGGAUCCCUUGUUCCAAGCCAAUCGCAAAGGGUGACCAGAAACAUGUCUGCUCAGAAGAAAUCAGAACAACGGCAGAAACAUCAGCUCAAAACGAAAGCAGAGAGACACCCUGUUCCUGUGGUCAAUGAUGAAAUGCCACCCUCCAAGAAAAUGAAAGUCACUGAGAGCAAAAGUAAGUCCAUGGAAGGUAAUGCUUCCAAAAAUGGUGUCCAGAAGAGUGAGCCUCCCUUGGGACGACCCACAGGCAGAACAGCUGUGUCUUGCACGCCACCCAUUAAGGAAGAAGGUCUAAAAAGUUCAGAGGAACAAGAGUUGGAGAAGAGACUCAAGAUGCAACAGGAGGUGGUAGAGAUGCGUAAGAAGAAUGAAGAGUCCUUGAAAAUAGCUCUAGCAGGGCAGCCUAUGAAGAAAAUAGUCAGCCAGGUAACCAAGUCAGUUGACUUCCACUUCCACACAGAUGAUAGGAUCAAACAGCAACCAAAGAGCCAGGAAGAAUACAAAGAGGUGAAUUUUACAUCUGAACUUCGGAAGCAUCCUCCAUCUCCGGUAAGAAACCUGGACAAAAAUCAAUUACUUGGAGAGCUAACAUUCUGGCUAAGUGUAUUACACUCCAAACCAUCAGUGCUCAAGAUAACAAACCCACAGACUCCUGUAUUUAAAACUAAGCAACGAGCAAGGCCUGUAACGUGCAAGAGCACAGCCGAGUUGGAAGCAGAGGAACUUGAGAAAAUUCAACAAUACAAAUUCAAAGCACGGGAACUUGACUCUAGAAUCCUUGAAGGUGGACCCAUUUUGCCAAAAAAACCUCCUGUAAAACCACCCACCCAAGCUAUUGGUUUUGACCUGGAAAUUGAGAAGAGGAUACAGGAGCGAGAAGCAAAGAAGAAAUUGGAAGAGGAUCACUUUGAGUUUCAUUCUAGGCCUUGUCCUACCAGGAUCUUGGAAGAUGUUGUGGGAAUUCCAGAGAAGAAAAAGCUCCCUCCCACAAUCCCAAAGUCUCCUGCCUUUGCCCUGAAGAACAGAGUCCGUGUCUUCACCAAGGAGGAUGAGGAAGAAGAAGAACCAGCGGUGAUCAGAGCUCAUCCUGUGCCACACUAUGGAGUGCCCUUUAAGCCCCGAAUCCCUGAGCAGAGAACUGUGGAGAUUUGCCCCUUCUCCUUUGAUUCCCGGGACAAAGAACGGCAAUUACAAAAGGAGAAGAAAGUAAAAGAGCUACAAAAAGGAGAGGUGCCUAAAUUCAAGGCACACCCCCUGCCUCACUUCGACACUAUUAACCUGCCAGAGAAGAAAGUAAAGAAUCCAACCCAGCUUGAACCUUUCCACCUGCAGACAGAUGAGAGAGGAGCUCUAAAGGCUCAGACCUGGAAGCAGCAGCUUGAAGAAGAUUUAAGGCAGCAGAAAGAAGCAGCUUGCUUCAAAGCUCGUCCAAACACUGUCAUCCAUCAGGAGCCCUUUGUUCCCAAAAAAGAAAAAAGACCCAUAUCAGAGGACCUUUCUGGUUCCAUAGUUCAGGAACCUUUUCAACUGGCAACAGAGAGGAGGGCCAGAGAACGGCAGGAAUUUGAGAAACAAAUGGCGGAGGUUGAAGCGCAGAAAGCCCAGAAGCUGGAGGAGGCCAGGCAACGGGAAGAAGAGCAGAAGAAGGAAGAGCUAGUGAAACUUCGACAAGAACUGGUACACAAGGCAAAUCCUAUCCGCAAAUACCAGAGUGUGGAGGUGAAGCCCAGCGAUCAGCCCUUGACGUUACCAGUAUCUCCCAAGUUUUCUACCAGGUUCCAGUGUUGAGCUACAGCUUCCUGUGUUUGCGUGCACUCUUUCCUUGUGGGAGGUGGAGGCACAGUCUGUAGAAGUCAAGAGCAUUUUCAUGCUUUACCGCCGGGCAAUCAGACACAUCUCUACCAACUGUCUUAACUGUGCUUCACUCUUGAAGACUUUGAGUCUGUGUGGUUAAUGCAAGAAAACCAUUCUGAUGCGCAUAAUGGAUUUUGUUUGUCUAAUCUAGCCACGUAGUUCCUUUCGGUAUGGGCUGGCCAUUAAUGUGGGUCUUAAUUCUUCCAAUAUAAUUUUUAGCUUAGUGUAACCUAUUAGCCCAUUUUUUUUUUAAACAAGAAAAUAAAGAUACUCAAAUUUAGAGGCUUAGAUCAUAAUUGCAGGUGAGGAUCUCUGUCUCAGCUGCUUUUCUUUUUUCAUUCUCUCACCUUUUUCUUCCCACCCUUUGCUUUCUUUUAGAAGAGUAGGGUUGGUUCUAGAGAGAAGUAGUUAAAUCAUGAACUCUUAGCUUUCAGUUGCUAAGAGAGAGAAAACUUAGCCUAAGCAACUAUUUAUAUUAAUGAGUGAUAAGGCCAGAUGGAUAAAUUAAAUUCACAGAUAUUCCAGAAAACUUUAUUAUAGCCAUCACUUAAAACUUAUGUACCACACCUUGGCCAGAACUAUUAUAAAGAAAUGUUUAAUGGAUCUGAGUUCCUUUCCAUCUUUUUUUCUCCAUUUCCCUGAACCCCCCAAACACACAUAUUUCCUUUGGUAUUGACAAGAAGCCAGAAUUGGGGGGAAAAAAAGCUGAAAAGAAGGGCGGGAAGGAACCUGAGAGAUCAUCUGAUCCAGCUGCUAUACCUGAUGCUAUACCUGAUACCAUCCACAAGACUAACAAAAGGGGGUUAGCCCACCUUUAUUAAAGCACUCUGUAAUGGGGAUCUCAUUCCAUUUAUAUUGAGUCAGACUUUGCAUACCCCUGAAAUAAAUUUGUUUAAACUCUU